AUGCAGAAUCUUCCUGCAAGAAGCAUCGAGACUUUAAACGGCUGCUGUUGCUUUUCAUUGCGUUCAACUGUUAUUACUUUAAUUAUUUUCAGUUAUCUCAUGUACCUUUGCCUUUCCAAGUCGACAGUUAUAAUUAUACUUAUUAUUUUAACUUUGAUUUGCUGUAAUAUUGCUAUUAUGUUUUUAUUUGUAUGUAUUUUUGGCAGAAAAUUUGGCUCAUUUUAUGACAUUUGUCUUCAUGGAUAUUUGUUGAGUAUGGUUCUGUUGUCAUUAACCGGUUUUUUCCAAGCGAUAUAUUUCCCCUUAUCGAUAGUUCAAACUUUUAGGAAUUGGAAUUCGUCAUUACUUUUAUAUCGUACUAUUUUGAUCGUUCUAAGUAUUAUUACAGUAAUUUUUCAAUAUUGUCAGAGAAGUUUUGUUGAAAGUUUUUUAUCGUAUAUGCAAAGCAAUUUUGUUUGA